AUGGGCAUCCAGGGCAUGGAGCUGUGCGCCGUGGCCGUGGUCAUCCUCCUCUUCAUCGCCGUCCUCAAGCAGUUUGGCAUCCUGGAGCCAAUCUCUGUAGAAGACAGCUGUGAUGACGAUGUGGAGCUCCUGACCAUCCGGCACCAACCCGAGGGGCUGGAGCAGCUUCUGGCUCGGACCAAAUUCACCAAGACGGAGCUUCAAUCCCUCUACCGUGGUUUCAAGAACGAAUGUCCCAGUGGCCUCGUGGAUGAGGAAACCUUCACACUCAUCUACUCGCAGUUCUUUCCUCAAGGUGACGCCAGCUCCUACGCCCACUUCUUGUUCGACGCCUUUGACGCCGACCACAAUGGGGCUCUCUGCUUCCAGGAUUUCGCAGUAGGACUCUCGGUGCUGCUGCGGGGGACAGAGCAGCAGAAGCUGAAGUGGACGUUUGACCUCUACGACGUGAAUAAGGACGGCUACGUCACCAAGGAGGACAUGCUGGAGAUCAUGAAAUCCAUCUAUGCCAUGAUGGGCCGCUGCACCGAGCCCUCCCUGGGGGCCAGCGCGCCAGCCCAGCACGUGGAGCUAUUCUUCCAGAAGAUGGACAGGAACGGGGACGGCGUGGUGACCUUCGAGGAGUUCCUGGCUACGUGCCAAGAGGACAAGGACAUCAUGAGCUCCAUGCAGAUCUUCCAUAACGUGCUCUAGAUCCUGCACACCCCCCCGGAGUUUUUCUAUUUCAGACAAGAAAUUCAAAGGCAGAAGAAAUCCAGCAUGUGGCUCCCAGAGAUGGGAGAGGACAAGGACGAUGUUGCCACCAGAGCCCC